AGCUGCUGUAAAAUCAAUAUCUCCAUUAACCUUUGUGGCUCAGUGGUCACAGAUGGUGGUAGGGGUGACGGAGUCAGUUAUGAUACAGAUUCUCGUCUCGACUACACCGCUACUAGUUAGAGUAACGAUAAAUGCAGUGCGUUAUAUAACAGUGAAUGUGGGAUUUCUAGCGCACGGUUCCUAUCUGGUAGCGGACUGCGGCAAAACAUUCACAAGCAGUUCGGUAUCUAAGAACAGUUUUGAUUCAGAGACCGGUACCCCUAUUGUCACAGACAUGCCUCCCAAAGGGAAACAGAUUGAGCCAAGUUGGCGGAUAGAAGAUGUGAUUGCCGAUACAGUCGACACAUCACAAGACGUCGCUCGCAGUUUGAUCGAGAUGAUGGAAGAGGGAGCCACCAUACCCUUCAUUGCCAGAUAUCGUAAAGAGAGAACAGGAAGUAUGGAGGCCGAGAAACUACGAGAAGUCAGCAGCCUUCUCGAUGAUCUCAAGAAUGUAAUGUCCAAGAUGUCGUCUGUGUACAACAGCAUUGAGUCUGCGGGUAAGAUGAACCGAACUCUGGCUGCUGCAUUGAAAAGAUCCACCUCUCUCACUGAAGUAGAACACCUGUACGCCCCCUAUAAGCCGGGACACAAGGGGAGUCUUGCAGAGAGAGCUCGCAAACUUGGCCUGGAGGAACCAGCAUUACAGAUUCUAGACGGAAAGCAUGUUGAACUGGAGAAACUCGUCAGGCAAGGUGAAAAAGGUUUGGCUAAGCCACAUGACAUAGAGACCGGCAUCCAACACAUCCUGGCGGACAUCAUCUCAAAGGACAAAGAGGCCAUGGAUGAAGUCAAACGAUUGUGUGAGACCUCCAAUGUGAAGCUGGAGAGCAGCAGAAGUAAAACAAGCACCAAGAAGGAUGCUGAGGAGACAAAAUCUCGAGCCCCAGACGACAGCCACAAGUUCGAGCAGUACUUUGACUUUUCCUGCCCCGUCAAAUAUAUCAAGAGUCACCAAGUGCUUGCAUUAAAUCGGGGUGAAGACAAGAAGAUCCUCACUGUGCGCGUGACCAUCCCGGAUUAUGUGAAGAAUCGACUUAUAGGCAGCUACACCCACAAGUUUGUGAAGCACUGGUCAUCUCCGAGUGUGAAGACGCUGAUGUCGACCAGCAUCGCUGACGCCGUCAACAGACUCAUCCUGCCGCAGACCUGCAGACAUAUCAGGUCUGAGUUGACAAAGACAGCAGAGAAAGACUCCAUCCUUGUGUUUGCCUCGAACCUGAAGCGACUACUUCUGACUCCACCCGUCAGGGGAAAGACGGUCUUUGGGAUUGACCCCGGGUUCAAGAAUGGCUGCAAGACAGCAGUUGUCUCCCCUACAGGAGGAAUACAGACGACUCAGGUGUUCUACUUCCUGGAGUACAAGUCUAACAAGGCUGCCGAGAAGCAGAAGCUGGUCAACAUCGUUAAAACAUUCAGGUGUGAGAUGAUAGCAAUCGGGAAUGGUGUGGCAUGUCGACAGACGGAGCAGUAUGUCGCUGGCCUCAUCCAGGAGAAGGCGUUCGGGGAAAUGCAGGUCAUGUACUGCAUCGUAGACGAGAGUGGAGCAUCCAUCUACAGCGUGUCAGAUGAGGCCCAGCGAGAGUUACCUGACCUUGACCCAACUCUUAGAGGAGCAGUUUCCAUAGCAAGACGACUGCAAGAUCCCCUGGCAGAGUUGGUCAAAAUUGAACCCAAACAUAUUGGUGUGGGCAUGUAUCAGCAUGACAUCGCAGAGAGCAAGUUGAAGACAGCUCUAGAUUCGGUGGUGGAGGAGUGUGUCAGCUUCGUCGGCGUGGACAUCAACACUGGCAGCGAGUGUCUGCUCAGGAGGAUUGCAGGGCUGAAUGCAACCAAGGCAAAGAAGAUCCUGGAGUGGCGGGAAAAGAAUGGGGCGUUUGCCAGUCGGGAACAGCUGCUGGGCAUCAAGGGGCUGGGUCAGAAGGGGUACGAGCAGUGCGCUGGCUUCAUCCGAGUGCUGCACGACUUCAGUAUGCAGGGGGAGAGGCCAGACGAGGAUGCUGCAGUCGAAGCACCAGGCCCAUCAGGCAAAGGGAGAAAGAGGAAAGCUGGCUCAACCAAAGUGUCUGCCAAAAAGAAGAAAUCAGAAAUAGACUGUACCCCCAAUCCACUAGAUAUGACAUCCAUCCAUCCUGAGUCCUAUCACAUAGCAACAAGACUAAUGACAGACACUGGAGUUGAUCCCAAGAAUGUUGGGCAGGAAGAGUUUUGUGAGGAAAUAAGACGAUUCAGCAAACACAAAGGUGUUGAGGAGCUAGCCAGGACGUACAACACAGGAGCUCCCACCAUCACCCUCAUCACUGAUGCUCUCAGUCAGUCACUGACCUACGACAUCCGCGACGAGUAUGAUAAACCGCUAUUCAAGAAGGGUGUGAUUGCAAUGGAGGACCUCAAAGCUAAACAAACACUGACAGGCAGAGUGACAAAUGUGACUCAUUUCGGGGCAUUUGUGGAUGUAGGGGUGGGUCAUAAUGGACUGAUCCACACAAGUCAGAUGAGACAGGGCCUGGAGGGGAGACAGGGUGUGCAGCUUGGAGAUAACGUGAACGUGGAAGUCAUCAAUGUCGACCUCCAGAAGAAGAGACUUGGCUUGAAACUACUGGGUUUUACCAAGAAGUGAUGUGAUAAUUAUGUUGUCUUUGAUUGAUACAUGAAGAUGUACAAAUCGUUACCAAGUGUUUGUUUGUUUGUUUGGUUGUUGUUUAACGCCGCACUCAGCAAUAUUACAG